CAGCUUCGAAUUUCAUCAUUUUGCAUUGAAUUGAAGUCAGUGAUUGAAUUUUAGUGUUUAGAAAUCAUAACAAAAAUGGUGGAAACAGAAACGUACCCUGAAACACAACCACAUUUCAAAAAACCUAGAAUAUCAGAAGAAACCCAUUUCAAUAAUAAUGUUAACUUGAAGACGAAGACUCAACUAUGCAGAAGAUUCAUGCAAGGUGUGUGUUUUCUUGGUCCCAAAUGCAACUACGCACAUGGAUCCUCCGAACUCAGAACAACAACAACAACACCAAAACUCUGCAGAUUGUUUUUACGCAACAAACACUGCUCUUACGGACACACUUGUCGUUUCCUUCAUCACUCUUCUCAACAAUCACAACCUGUGGUAAUGAAGAAUCCGGGAUGCAGGAUGAUGCAAACUUGUGCUGCUGCUGCUGCUGCUACAAUUGAUGGCAACUCUUCUGCCCAGAACAAGAUAAUGCAAACUUCUACUACUCCUACUACAAAUGCCUCAACCAGCACGGUGGCAACUAGCUCUUUGCAUAAGAAUGGACCCUAUGGUGUUAAAUUCAUAUUCAAGAAAAAGGAAUUGCAAAAGAUCAGUGGCAUCUAUGCUGAUUGGAUUUAAGAUGUAUUGCCGCACCAUAGCGCUAAGCAAACUGGACUAGUGGAGACUUGGUUAUUUCUAUUGAGGAAUGAAGGGAGAGAUUUAAGAGUUUUACUUCACUAGUUGUCUGACCAAAUUUGUUUUGAGGAACGUGCUACAGUUUUAUUUUUUCCCUUUUAGCUUUUUGGCACAAGGUAUAUGCUUCAAUCUUUCGUGCAAAUAUGUGUAUAUACAUAGCCUUGUAAAUUUGUUACUCUAAGAUGUAUUGGCACCAUGACACAUCAUUUGGAAUAUAUUUGAUUCAAUUUCCAGUAGGAGUGUUCAAUUGAUUUAUCAGCAACCCAUGACUCACCCGAACACGAAAAACCUGAAACCUGUUCUAGAAUCUGGUUUUGCGGACGGGUUAUUUCAGGUCAUUGAGUUAAAUGUGGAAGUUGAAUACACAAUGGUCUAGACUCUUUGAUGUGUUUCUUUGAAGGACAAAAAUGAAUAUUUGCACUAUCUAAUGUGUAGCUAAGAAGUAUACAAGUAAUCUAUACUAACUUUGACACUCAUAAAGCUGAGUUCACCGAUUCCAGGAAUCCCUUUGUAAAAUUUGAAUAGAUAAGAUGGCAAGUUCUAUAAGCUUAAACAAAAUUGAUUUGAACAUGAAUACAGAAGGAAUACAUGCUCUAAUACUUGUACAAUAAAAAUGCAUAUUUGGCUCGUUGCAGUAACUGAAUACAAAAGCUUGCAUUAA